GAUUCGGAUCUCAAGCUCGCGCUGUCCGCUACAUCAGUUCAGGUGAUCCAGCUUCAUCUGAAUCAUUCUGUCCCGCUUUUCUUUUCUUGAGAAAACCUUCUUGGAAAAAGAGCAGGACGCAGUUUUGUGCUGACAUUCGCAGACAAUCUCAAAAGAAGCUUAUAAUCCCUGUUUCCCUAAACAAGGGUACAAAAAAAAGGGAUUCUCAGAAGUUCGCGCGUAGCCUACUAUUGGGCAGGAAAGAGGAGACAGAAAGGCCUGUUUCAGUGCCGGAAAACAGGGACCUGGGGUUCAGAGGCACUGACGCAUCUAGAGCGACUUGUUAAGGUGGACUGGAUCCGUCUCCUUUUCUAUCCUGGCACACCAGAGAGCCAGAGGAAGAGCAAAGCGGCAACUGUCUAGCAGGACCUCCUGAGCUAACAGUUGCGAUCUGUUUGAAUUCUGUAUCUCUCCUGGACUUAUCAAGUUGGCGAUCCAGGCGAAGCUACAUGUGGUGUUGAUUAGCGGGGCUUUGUGGCGAGCCCAUAGCACAGGGAGUCGUACUGCAGGCGCUGGAAAGGCGCUUCAAAGUGUGUGGCUUUGUAACAAAUAUUUAUUCCGCUCAACUGAUCAUCAGCCGGAGCUGAACUUGGUGUAUUAUCCUCAAGUCCACAGGAUUUUCAGUGCACGGCUUACACCAUGGCAAUGCAGGCCAGUUCAUGGAUCCUCUUACUGGUUCUCAUGAGAACACCAGUGGGGAAUGGGCAGUCUGUGCAGAUGGACCCAGAGAUAUCUGGCUUUGUGGGUUCAACAGUGGAGCUCAGCUGCCGCUUCAUCAACAGCAAGCCCCCGGUGAAGAUCUCGCAGGUCACCUGGCAGAAGUCCUUCAAUGGCACCAAGCAGAAUGUGGCCAUCGCCAACCCAGCGUUAGGUGUCUCCGUGCUCCCUGCUUUUAAAGACCGUGUUACCUUCAAGCACCUGUCCAUGCCACAUGCAAAUCCCUCACUUGAGGACACCACGAUUGUUUUCAGCAAUCUGCGCCUUUCAGAUGAGGCUGCCUACAUCUGCGAGUACACCACCUUCCCAGCAGGCAACAGGGAAAACAUGGUCAACCUCACUGUCUACGCACGUCCCACGACACAUAUGACCCUUACAACUCCCAUCAUCAUCGCACGGGCCCAGAAGCACAAGAUGACAGUUGCCACAUGUCUGUCAGCAAACGGAAAGCCAUCCAGUGUGAUUAAGUGGGAUACCAAGCUAAAGGGCCAAGCCACAUUCCAGGAAACACGCAACCCCAAUGGCACAGUCACUAUACGCAGCAACUAUGUGAUUGUGCCAAGUCGUGAGAGUCACCGCCAGAAACUCACAUGCAUUGUCACCUACAAUACUGAGCACUUCAGCGACAGUGUCAUCCUCAAUGUUCAGUAUGAACCAGAGGUAAAGAUUGAAGGUUUUGACGGGAAUUGGUACCUGAACCGUCAGAAUGUGAAACUCACCUGUGAUGCAGAUGCAAAUCCAGCUGUCACUGGCUACCAUUGGAAACUAUUGAAUGGAUCCCUGCCCAAAAACGUGGAAAUCAGAAACAACACUCUGCUCUUCAGGGGGCCCGUGACAUAUGACUUCAGUGGCACAUAUAUAUGUGAUGCCACCAACAGCAUCGGCACUCGAUCUGGCCUAGUAGAGGUCAAUGUGACAGAAUUCCCCAACCAUAUCCUUCGAGGCGGCGGUGACAAUGACCAGAAGCAACCCAGUACCAAUGCUGCAAUAUGGGGUGGUGUGGGUGGCCUGGUUGUACUGAUCAUUGGUGUUGCAUUGCUCAUCUACUUCCUGCGGCGUCGGCAGCGCACCUUCAAAGGCGACUACAGCACCAAGAAGCAUGUUUUUGGUAAUGGCUACAGUAAGGCGGGCUCUGUGCCUGCUCAUCCCUCUGUGCCCAAGAACCUGCAGUACCCAGAUGACUCAGACGAUGAGAAGAAGGCCUCUCAGAUUGGGGGGCCAGGGGCCUUCGAGGGCACAGAACGUGAUUUCGAUGGUAACUCUGAAGACCUAAAGAGACCCUAUUUCACUGUGGAUGAAGGUGAGAGCCAUGAUUACGAUGAGCGGACUCUCGCCUUCCAGUAUGAGCCCGAGUCUGAGAUUGCAGAUGACAUGGUAUCCCAAACUGAUGGCUCUGUCAUUUCAAAGAAAGAGUGGUAUGUGUAGUGUAGCAACAAAUAAUGAGAUCAACAUUAGUCUGCUCUUACCUGCAUUCUACCACACCCCUUCAUCUCCAUCACUAGAAGCCUUCUACCCAUCCUGCUCUUCAUCCCACCCCUCACUUCUCCAUGCCAGCAACCUCUGCCCCCAUCAAAAACACAUUUAACUGAACAUGAACAUGAAAAAAAGCUUGGAGCGUUGACAAAUCAACACAUAUUUCCACACGCUAAUAGCUUAACCUGGUACAGCAGUGAAAACAGGCGUGAACUUUCACUCAUGCCAAUCGCCAUUGACUCCUAAAGCUGUACAGGCUAGUUGCUUGAAACUUUUAUGGUGUGUUAUUAUUAAUAUAAUUUGUCUCAUUUUGUUGAUAUUACUAUCAGUGUAUUAAAUGUAUUAAAAAGAGACUUUGUAAUGAAUGAGUUCUCACCCAUCUUGUGAAAGUCCUACACUGGAUGUAUUAUAUUUUUUAAUAUCUUUUCAUAUAUGAUCUUUUUUUUUUUUUGUAAAGUCUUUCCUCUUUAUGGGGUGUUGGUUUUCUGAAAAUGGUGAGAUUAUGUAUAAAUGGAUAGUUGUGAGGCAUUUGGUCAGUUGCUUCAGACUGAAAUUAAGUGAUGGUUUAAGGAUGUUUUAAAUCUUAAGGAAGAAAGCACACACGUUCCUCAUGACACCUCAUGAUUCAUGAGAGUGCUAUUACAGAGGAGUGUAAUCUCUUGCUAUCUUUCUCCCAUUAUUUAUCUCUGUUGACAUUAUUGGGUAUUUUAAUACUUUGACAAGGUACAUUUCACUAUGUUACACUAAACGAUAUAAAUGUACUAUGGACUUUUAUUGGAGUAUCAGGUUUUUGUCUUUUUUUUGGUUGUUUGGUGGCAUGGGGUAAUCAUUUGUAGAGAUGGAACAUGUUUGUCACUGUACAUAUUAAAAAUAGGGCUUAAUAUGUUAUGGUAACAUUUUGUGACAUGUGUUUAUAUGAUUGUACUCCAUCAUCGCACAUGAUGACUCCUUCUGAUCAUUCGGGUGGCCACAGUGACAUGGAACUUGAAAGCUAAAGCUUUCGGAAAGAUGGCAUUUUGACAAUUCAAUGUCAAAAUGAGCUUAUCUGCACUUGAACUUAAAUCAUAUGCUUAAAGGUUUGUCCAUCCUUCUUGUUUUGGUAAUUUCUUCAUUUUUUAUUUAGGAUCACAGCAAACAAGGCAAAGGCAACUGUGUCCUGCCAAAAAUAUUGACACUACAGAUUUAUAUAAACCUGCAGUGCAACAUACCUCUUGAGAAUCUAAACCAUUGACUGUGUUUUGCAGUGUUUUUUCCUACCACCUUUCAUACAAAUAGGGAAAAUUAUUGUUGGUAAAAAAUAAAAAUCUACAAAAAAAAAAUAAAAAUCAUGAGAAAGUCAACAGGUAAUCAGUCACCAUAACUAGCUAGCUGAAAAGAUGCAAAUGGUUCUUAUUUUAAUGUAUGUAUUUUUUUCUCCUACAGGUAUGUACAGGUGUGUGCAUGUACUUGUGUUUAUCAGUUUUUUUUAUGUCUUCAACAUAUUUUAACUAAUAUUCUGUUUUGUUCGAUUUAUUGACUAUGACAGUAGAACGCAUUCCAGUCUGAUGGGACAUUGGGUUUUUGGAUCUUAGGUCUUGUAAGUUGGUGCAUAUUUGUUUUCUGAGAGAAAUAGCCUUUUUAGUCACCCAAAAUCAAUUUAAAUCACAACCUGUGAAUGAAAUACUCAACUCCUCUACCUGGCUUAAAUCACAGUGGGGAAGAUUCAUAAUCUAAAACACAGGACCUUUUUGUAAGAUAUUGGAACCAUAAAUAAGUGCCACUUAUUGGUAUCACUGAACAAGGAGAAGCUGCGUGUGCAAUUCUUAAACAUUUUGGCAAAACUCCACAUUGGGGUUACUUGGGGUAACUGUUUGUGUGUUGCUUUCUUUUUAAAAAUAAAUGUUGAAAAAUAGCUUACUAGUUGUGUAAUAUAAUGUGCCAGACCAUAUUAUGUCUGCGAGAUGUAAUAGUUCAGGGCCCUCAAUGAAACAUAUCUGUGUUAUAUUUGGUUCCACCAACUUUCAGGAUAAAUCUUUUCAGAAAAAUGUUUACACUUGCAGCACAGAGUGGAGCGGAAUAUUUUGUUGUUUUUCCUUUUAGUUCAAGUGUUAGUGUGUUGAAUUUACAAAUCAUGUAAUUAUUAAAUAUCACCUUUGGGAAAAACAACAGAACUGGAAAACUUAAGGAUAAUCCCAGCAGUGGGGAGUAAGAUCGUGUUGCUUUAGUUUGUAGCAUUUAAUUACUAGUUAAUGUUUCACCAUAGCACAAGCAAGCCUAGAGGACUUUUUCAAGAUUAGCAAAAGGUAGAGAUGUGAGCAGGACAGUUUUUUUUUUUUUUUUAAAUAACAUUCCUGCCUUCUCCCACAGGCACUCAGACCAAUCAUCUUUGCUCCCACAGAAAUUUUAACCCUUUGCUUGUAAAUACCCACAAUUAUUGUAAUGAACUAAAAAUAAAAGAGUAAUUUAAACCACAGUGCCCCUGACUAAGACAAAGCAGUUACUGAAGAUGACUGUAUAAAUUAAUAAAUGACGAAAGCCCAGUUUACAUCACACACGGUACAUGCAUUGUGUGAGCACUGUGCUGCAUCCAGUGUGCUCCCAUGUAAAUCAACAUAACCCUUCAUUGUCCCUUGAGCUUAUCUGACUGCUUGUUCCCAACCUCAUGUCAGUAAAAAGCACCUGCUCCCACUACUUUUUGGGGGGGGGGGUCUCAUGGGUCCUGCAGUAUCCCAGUCCCGAUGCACAUCUCAGGCACUCCUCUUGAAGCACUGAAUAGUUAUAAUGGCCUUCAAAUAUCAACUGAGAGACAGAAAAUGAGGAUUCACAAUAAUAUCCUUAUAUAAAGUUCUUAACAGUAAUUGUUCUUGUUUUAAAAUCAUCUUAAAUGCCUGAUUUUCCAUUGUAAAUACAAUAUGUAACAUUUGUGGAGCAUCAAUUAAGUAUGAACACCUUGAAAUUCUUUCACCACAACUGAAUGAAAGAAAAAAGAAAUGGCUCAUACUUAGUAAAUAUGUUUGUUAUUGUGGGAAUUCUACUUUUAAUGUUAAUGGGUUCUAUCUAAGGAUAUAUCACAUAGAUAUAUAUCAAUUUGUAAAUACCUGCGCAAAAAAAAAAAAAAAAAAAAAAAAGAUUACAGAAAAGGAUCUAGUCCCCAUGCAGUCAUGUGAAUGUUUGUAUGUUUGCUGAGGUUGAUUAUUGUUCACAUGCUGACCCAGUGAAGUAACCUGUAUUUGUUUCAAAACAUUAAAUGAUUUCAAUGUUCAAUGA